AUGGCUCUCGACCCGUCAAACGGCUAUGUAGCCGCUCGAGACCUUCAAGACCUCAAUGAGAAUGCCCUCCCAAUCUUCAAUGUCGAACCAGUCCAGCUUCAGUUCUCCAUAGCCUCCGACUUUGUUGCCUCGCAAGUCGCAAACAACGUGCUUGUCCUAGCUCUCGCAAAUGGCAGGAUUCUUCGGAUAGAUCUGGAUAAUCCUGCGGAUAUAGAUGAUAUCGACCUGCCCAAGAGAACAUCCGAAGUUGGUGUCAUACGGCGCAUGUUCCUCGACCCCACCGCCUCCCAUCUGAUUAUAUGCACCGCCCUGGGAGAGAACUAUUACCUUCAUACACAAUCGCGGCAACCGAGACCUCUAUCACGGCUUCGAGGUGUCUCGAUUGAGUCAAUAGCCUGGAAUCCGUCAUUACCAACCGCCUCAACAAGAGAGAUUCUUAUAGGGGCAUCAGACGGGCAUAUCUACGAGGGAUAUAUCGAAACUUCGACCGAGUUCUACAGGAAGGAAGACAAAUAUCUGAAAACUCUACAGAGACUUCAAGAUGGUCCAAUUACUGGAUUAUGGGUUGACCUGGUGGCUGGGAAGCCGGAUGUGCGCAGGGUCAUGAUAACUACACAAAGCAGGAUCUUACACCUGGUUGGGAAAAUAGGAAAGGUGGCUCACGAGGGAGGAGCAUCUAUCUUUACGCGUCUUUUUGAGACCGAGCAGCCCACAGCUCAUGAAAUUUCGAGAGUUUCUACGACAUCAUCCUCAUCACUAGUCGUAUCACCAGAUCCUCCAGACUCCAACUCAUUCGAAAGCUUGAGCCCUGACCGAAUCUUUGCCUGGCUUUCAUCUCAAGGUGUUUAUUAUGGCCGACUAGUGACCGCACCAUCAUCAAAUGAUCUUGGAAGUAAGGUUUUUGCGGAAUCAAAACUGCUGCCUAGAUCACAAUUACCAGCUUCCGAAACACCUAACGGCCGAAAGAAAGCUGUACAAGAACCUAUUGACUCCAUUGCUUUGACACAAUGGCACAUCUUGCACUUAAUAGGUGGACGCGUUAUCGCUGUCAAUCGACUAGACGACAGAGUGAUAUUUGACCAGGUUGUCCUAGACCCAGGCCAGAAAGCUCUCGGCUUAUAUGCGGAUCAGCAGAAGAAUACUUUCUGGCUCUUUACCACGCAAGAGAUCUUUGAAAUCGUGGUCAAGGACGAGGAUAGGGACGUAUGGAAAGUAAUGUUGGCAACAGAGCAUUUCGAUGCAGCUUUGAGAUAUGCCCGAAACCCGGCCCAAAAGGAUGCUGUAGCAACAGCAUCUGGUGACUAUCUAAUAACUAAAGGUUCAUUCAUUGAAGCUGCCGGCGUCUAUGGAAAGAGCAGCAAACCCUUCGAGCAAGUCGCACUGAUAUUUGUGGACAAUGACCAACAAGAUGCUUUAAGAAAGUAUCUCUUGACAAAGGUCACCACAUAUAAAAAGUCAUAUAUCAUGCAGCGGAUCAUGAUUGCAAGCUGGCUUGUGGAGAUAUUCAUGUCAAAAUUGAAUUCGCUCGAUGAUACCAUUAUUACCAAGGCUGAAUUAUCCGAGUCUCUCACUCCAGCAAAGACCAAAGAUCAACUUCAAGCCAUCCGCUCAGAAUUCCACGAAUUUGUGAAGAAGCACAAGUCAGACCUCGACAGGAAGACUGCAUAUGAUAUCAUCAGCAGUCACGGGCGAGAGGAGGAGCUCCUCUACUUUGCCAGUGCGGUGGGCGACCACAAUUUUGUCUUGGGCUAUUGGAUGCAGAGAGAACGGUGGAACGAAGUGCUAGAUGUUCUUAAGAGACAGACUGCGGCCGAAGUUUUUUACCGCUAUAGCAGUGGGCUCAUUACACAUGUCGCGACAGAUCUUGUGGAUAUUCUGAUGAGACAAGCAGACCUGAAACCACGCAACCUGAUUCCAGCUUUACUUACAUAUGAUCAAACCUUCCGGGGGCCAUUAUCACAAAAUCAGGCUGUUCGAUACCUUCUCUACGUCAUCAAUCACCUAAGUUCGACCGAUGCCGCCGUUCAUAACACCUUAAUAUCUAUCUAUGCAGCUCAUCCUUCCAAAGACGAAUCAGCCCUUCUUAGUUACCUUGAAUCCCAAGGUGAUGAGCCAAGCUUCGAUGCAGACUUCGCCCUUCGACUCUGUAUACAACAUUCCCGAGUCCAGUCAUGUGUACAUAUCUACAGUACUAUGGGCCAGUACCUCCAAGCCGUCGAGCUAGCCCUUGCUCAUUCCGAAAUCGAUCUCGCCUCCCUCAUCGCCGACCGCCCAGUCUCCAACCCCGCCCUGCGAAAGAAGCUCUGGCUUGCAGUAGCCAAAAAGGUAAUUUCCCAAUCCAACGGCAUCAAAACAGCAAUCGAAUUCCUGAAGCGCUGCGAUCUCCUCAAGAUAGAAGACCUUAUACCUUUCUUCCCGGACUUCGUCGUGAUCGAUGAUUUCAAAGAAGAGAUUUGCUCUGCGCUCGAAGAUUACAGUCACAACAUUGAUGCCUUGAAGAAGGAAAUGGAUGAAUCCGCGCAGACGGCGACGAAUAUCAAGAUUGAUAUCGCGGCUCUGGAUCAUAGAUAUGCUAUUGUUGAACCCGGGGAGAAGUGCUAUCAUGCGUUUCACAGCGAUUGCUUAGGUAGGAAAGUUAUGGAACAAGUAGGUGUUACGAAAGGAAGGAGGAUUAGGGAGGUACAGAUGCUGGUUAGUAAGGGCAUGGUCACGGGUGCGAAGAGAGAUUCUGCUAUUGCGGAGUUAGAUGCCUUAGUGGCUUCUGCUUGUAUUUUGUGCAGCGACUUCGCGAUCAAUCACAUUGAUGAUCCAUUCGUACUGCCGGCGGACGAUGUGAGUGAGUGGGCGUUAUAG